AUGACACUCUUCACUCUGGGUGCCAGAAACCUCCUCAAAAGGCAAAUAUAUCAAUUACCAAACACCACCAACUGGACCCUGUCAAAAACCCUCCCAUUCUUCUCUCUGCAGCUCAUCCAGAAUAUUCACCCCCCAUCACUGCACAAGACCACACCAAACCUUUAUGCGAAGAGUAAAACACUUCAAUUCCCUGCUAGGUCGCUAUCAUCAUCAUCACCUGCCAUGAUUUCUCGAGACUCUAAGCGUACCCCCUGGAUGCCCUUCUACAACAAUGAAGCCGACGUAAUCGAGCAGAACAUGCUUGAUGAUGGGUUCCGGACCUGGGGACUUGUCAUCUACCGAUGCACCUACAAGAGCAACUCAGACUGGGAGGAGUUCGUGUCUCGCUUUCUCCACCAGGUUUGGAGCACACUCAAGGAUCAUGAUGGCCUAGACAUGCUUGAUUCCUUCAUGCCAACUGUGAUGGAUGACAAGACACAGUUCGACGGGGUGACUCCAUAUACUGUGCGGGAUCAUUUCAACAAGUGGGCAUCUACAGCAUGUGAAGCUGAGCAAGGGGUUCCAUUUACUCUGGCCCAGUGGUCAAAUACAGCACGGUAUGGACUCUGUAUCAUGGUGGAAGAGGAGGCCUUGCAGUCCGUUCUGGACAUUCCACUUGAGGAAUUGGAUACAUAUAAUGAGACUGGCUUUGUGAUUCUGGUUAAUGGCAGGCAGGAGGCGGAGCGGGGUGAGGAGGAAUCUGAUGAACUGGUAGAGGAUGAUUUCGAGCCAUUGCAUGGGUGCACGCUGGAGGAUGUGGGCUGGAUGAAGGUGCGCUAUGGUCAGGCUCAGAUCAUGGGUUCCGCUCACAUGGGCAAUGGCUUUUGCUGGGAGCGGGAGUAUAGACGUCCUCCUCAGAUCGGUUUUAACUGCUUAUCAUGGUAA